AUGAUUUACGAAGUUCGCACUUACGAUCUCAAGCCUGGCGGAGUGCCCAUUUUCGAGGAAGCGUUUGGCAAGGCGCUGCCGCACCGGGAAAAGUACUCCAAGCUGGCCGCAUUCUUCCACACGGAAAUCGGCCCGCUGAACCAGGUGAUCCACAUCUGGCCCUACGAAAAUCUGGACGAGCGCAACGAAGUGCGCGCCGAGGCCGGAAAGGACCCGAACUGGCCGCCGGACAGCCAGGGCACCAUCCUGCAUAUGGAGUCGGAGAUCUUCAAUCCGGCGCCGUUCAUGCGUCCCAUGGGGGGCGGGCAGAAGCAGGGCAACGUGUACGAGAUGCGGAUUUACGAGUAUCAGAACGGCGCCAUGCCCAAGGUGCUGGACAUCUGGUCCGCCGCCAUCGAGCACCGUGAAAAGUUCUCCCCGUUGGCCGCCGGCAUGUACAGCGACAUCGGAGGGCUGAACAAGUGGGUCCAUAUCUGGCCCUACAAGGACCUGGGCGAGCGGGACAAGAUCCGCGCCGAAGCGUCCGCCACGCCGCACUGGCCGCCGCCCACGCGGGAGUUCCUGGUCAACCAGGAGACCAAGAACACCCGGCGAUACCCGCCGGCCCCAAGACACCCCUGGCCCGGUUCGCCGGACGGCACGAUCCCGCAGAUGUACUACGAAUGCGUUGAUCCGUUCGUGGCGUUGGGUCGCGCGUCGGCGGUAACGUCAACGCUCAAGUUGGGCACCGGGAUCUGCCUGGUGCCGGAGCGCAACCCGAUACUGCUUGCCAAGGAGAUUGCCACGCUGGACUAUUUCAGCAACGGGCGGUUCCUCUUCGGCAUCGGGACCGGCUGGCUUCGCGAAGAGACGGAGCUCUUCGGGAUCGAGUUCUCCCAGCGUAUCGGCUACACGCGCGAGUCAAUCGAAGCCAUGAAAGAGCUGUGGACCAAGGAGACCGGCGAAUUCCACGGCAGGUAUAUCGAUUUCCCGCCGAUCUACUCGUCGCCCAAACCGGUGCAGAAGCCGCAUCCGCCGGUGCUCAUCGGCGGCACCGCGCCCAACGUGGCGCGCCGGGUUGUGGCCUGGGGUGAUGGCUGGAUGCCCAAUCGUGUGGCACCGGAGCAGUUGAAAGCAACGCGAGAGGAAAUAGUUCGCCUGGCGCAGGAAGCGGGGCGGGACCCGCACCAGAUCGAGGUGUCGGUUUUCGGACUGCCGGCCGACCCGGAGAUCCUCAAAGCUUACGAGGAAGCCGGCGCAACCCGGGCGAUGGUAUUCGCCGAAAGCGCUCCCCGCGACCAGGCGCUGCGCCAACUGGACGAUUACGCCAGCAAGCUACUGGCCUGA